UGCAGCCGAUGUGUGGGGCUCCCUCCAGGUCUGGCCUGUCAGUUCUUCAUGAAGUGUUGCGCCGUACCCGUGCAUGAUCCCUGACCGAGCAUGACCCUGACGAAGUUUGCGAAAUCUCAACGUUAAACGUUCACUUGGAGGCUACGAAAAAGACUUUCUUCCCCUAGUGAGCUUUUCUAUGGAGAUGGGUGCAACAGAGAUGACUUUGGAGUGUACGAAGCGUGAAAAAGAAGAGAGAACUGCAGGUUUAAUGUUUGUUUCCUGAUCAAGUGCUACGGAAUCGGAAAUGAUCGGUGUCAUGGAUCGCAACCGAUUAUAUUAAUUAAAUGCCAAGCAAAUUGUGUGAAUAUAUCUAAUGAUUGGGAAAAUUGUUUCAGUUGUUUUCUUACACCAAUCGUAUGUUAUGCAGAAAAUGUACUUGAAGAAAUCUUGAAGCAAUCAUCGAUCGUCUCGAUGAAUGAAUCACAUUCUCGAAUAUUGCUCAUCGACAAUUGAGACUGAAUCAAAUAUAUAAUCUCUUUACAUUGAAAUUUUUCAUGUAAUCAUUGGAUAUUGAAAUCCUGAAUUUUUAAGUAUGAAAAUGCUUAGUGAUUGAAGAUUAUAAGAUAGAGAUAGAGACGAAUAUUAAUAUUAAUAUUUUACGUACAAUUCAAGAGAAGAGAAAAAAGAAGAAGUAAAAAUGAGAAUUGGCAAUUUUUUAGAAGCAAUGAAAAAGUACUCAUUUAUUUCAGUGUUGAAAUAAUGAAUGAAAAAUGUGGUUUGUUGCAAACUUCUUCUCUUUCGAGAUCUUAAUUUAAAAGAUUUCAAACAAAUUAUAGAAAAAAAAACUCAACACUAAUGCAAGCAAUAUUAACAGCAAAGCACUGAAGGUAUUCGCGGCAUCCAGCUGAACGUUCCUAUAGAAAAUAUCAUCAUGGCAGUCGAUAACCCGUCGUACUUCUCGCUGUCCGGCGGGGCACCGUCGUCGACGAAGCCGACGACGACGACGUUGACGUCCCCGUUGAGGUCGCCCAGAGGUCACGGCGGCGGCUUCUCCGCCUUGUUUCGACGGAGAGCCUGCGGCAAGAUGGGCGCGGCUUCCUCCCAGAGUGGCAUCUCCGAAUCCACGUCCAGCGUGCACCACGAGAGCCGCAGCAACGUCUCGGGGACGUCGACGCCGGAAGAACGAGUCCCGAUGCUGUCGCGAAAUGGCGCGGUCCAGCCGUCCGGCAAGAGGAGAAGCUUCCGGAAUCUCUUCAGGUCCGUGAGUGCGAACGCGGACCACCAAAAGUUCCUCAAGGGCGACCCGAGACCGUCCGAUGUCGCGCCACCUUCGCCCUAUUUGCCUCAUAGAUCGCAUUCGCAUUCCGAGAGAGAUCGAUAUCGUCCUGGUCGAGGCAGAAGAGUCCUGAAAUCCGCUAGCGAACUUCUGUCAAACGAUAUGGUUUACUGUGGUCUAACAGGGGGCAAUUCCAAGAAUCAUAAUGGCAGCGAUGACAAUAGCAAUGACGAUGACGAUACCGUAGAGAUCUUCCUGGACGAUGCCAGGUAUUACAAUAUUUCCUCCACUUUUCCUACGAGUGGCUCGACCGCUUGCCGAAGAAGACAUUCGAUCGGCACUUUUCUCGAAAAAGAAGCAAGCAUAUGUAGUAACACGACUCCUGGACGACAAACGGGAGAAUGUAGGAAUUUAUUAGAAGUGGACGCAAUGGCAGCUCCGACAUCGGUCGACCAAAUUGAUGCUCCUUCGUGUAACGAAGACAGACAAACGUCUUGCAACAGGAAUAGACGGAGAAGACACAAGAGCUCGUUUAAUAAAGGGUCGCAUUCAACAAUCUUAUCGAGAGACGGACACGCAGAAGACGAUGUCCUCUUUGUCUCUAGCAAGGACAGCGAAGCUUCCAACUUGUGGGUUAAUUAUUUAACUGCAUGUUUCGAGCAAAUCAGUCGUCAACAAGGGCGAGCCCCGUUCAAAGUACGUCAUAUGGCGAUCGAGGAACCGAUAGCUCCAAAAAUGGAAGAGAAGAUUCAAUCGUCUCGUCUUCAGAUCGUCAUCGUGUGUCCGAUAUUACUGGAACGUAUCCGGACCAGUCCGGAAAAUGCCGUCCAUCUGACCAGUCAUCUGGUCGCCGAGAAAGUGUUGGCGAUGAUGUUAGGAGUCCAAGAUAAUCACAUCAACGACACUCAUAGAUCUAGCCUGAUCGCCUACGAUCAGUGGAGGAAAUUUUUCGUUAAAGAUCAGGACGAGACCUUCGUAAGUGAGUUACUGGGCGCGGCGGUCGCAAUUUUGGGCACUAUGCCACCACCAGCCCUUAGAAACGACAAAACUGCAUUUUCCGUGCAUCCCAAAAAGGUCAAACUAGGGCAGAACAAGCUAAUCGUUUUGUUAAAUGAUCCAUUGAAUUCCGAGGAUAACGUCUCAGUGGUCGUUGAUCGCUGCGGUGACGCUAUCAAUAUAAGUAAUGUAAAACGAAGAAAUCCUUAUGCGCUACAAUUUUCAAUACCGGAGAGAUGUCUCGAAGUGUCCAUGUUAGUCGGCGUGAGGAUAUCUAAAAACGGAUGUUCGCUCGGAGUUAGACAAGUCAAGUGUGAAAGCAGACUCAGAGAAUUAGAUCAGAUCCUCAGGGCGCACGAUAAUCCUCUCGAAUUUAUGUGCCAGACUUUUGGCUUCGGCGCUACCGAUCGCGAACAGUUGGACAAUUGGAUGGUCCACGCGUUUCAGAAAAACAUCCCGCCCAACUUUAAUCUUCUAUCCACUCCGAAUGGUAUGAUACCUUCUCACAAAAAUUAUACAAGUCCGGAGGAAAAUCCGACAUUGUUACAUUUCGCCGCGCGAUUUGGUCUGGAAAAACUGGCCUGGCAAUUACUGGAGUGUCCGGGUGGCGAUCUGGCCUGCGACUUGAAGAAUGUCUCCGAAUUAACACCGACCGACCUCGCCGAGCAAGCCGGACACGCGAGACUGGCUCAUCAACUACGGGGUUACAUGCAAAUGAACGAGUUCACCAACAUGUAUAGCUAUCUCAAAGUCAUAAGCCAGACCAACAACCGAUCGACAGGAACGAAUUCAAGCACGGACGUCUCGUCAGCGAAUGAAACCGGCAGCGAAAAGGAAGAUUAUUGUCGACCGAGACCUUUGAGCGAAGCUUACUUGGUACCACCGAUCGCGAGACCAGUUACGACUCUAAUCUCGACUCUACAAACGACGACGGUUCCUAGUACGUCCACGAACAACACUUUAGCAGCGAAUUAUUCGAUCGUGCCGACACCUACGCCAGUAAUAUUGCCGUCCACACCAACGACCACUGCCAUAUCGAACGGACUGGAUUCUCUAUCUUUUCAAGGUUACAUAAAAAUGCAGCCCGCUGGUACUUCAAAGAUACUUAGCACAAACACAACUAAUUCACCACAAUCCCGAACCAGUACACCUAUACAAGGCGUUCGUCAAGAAUGUCAUCAAAAUUCGCCAGGAGUACGAGACGAAAAUUGCGUUCAAAAGAUAUGUCAGAAUUUUCUCUACAACAGAACGUCGUCUAACGGCAGCACCAAGUCUAGAGAGCCAUCGGGUCCUCAAGACGAACUCUUGGAGAUUAUAAACGAUUUCAAAAAUAAUGUCUUUACGAUAUCCGAAGUAGAGAGACUAGUUGAAAACUGGCAGAAGCGAAACGAUGUGCAACAAAGUUUUAAAGAUAAGCAACGACAGCUUACUGCGAUGAGGGAGGAAUACGACAGGAUACAAAGAAAAUUGAAAGAAGAAAUGAAGACCCCGACGCCCUUCGAGAAGAUACGAAAAUUCUUCUCCAAAGGAAAGAAAGAUACGAAGGAAUCUGUUAGUACAGUCGCUGAUUCGUCUUCGAAAUCUGAAAGUGUUAACGGUGGAUUAGCUGAUCGCAGACCUGUCAGCAGUUUAAGUCUUCGUAGUGUUUCCAGUUCGUCCUCAUCUGGCAGAAUGAGCACUGUCAGUGGCUGCAGUGGCACUAGUUUGGGCGAUAGUGGAACCCAUUCGGAUUCCGACGAUAGAAGACUUCAAAAUAUCAGAGACGAGAAGACUGGCAUGACAUCCUACGAAAUACCACCUGCGCCCAAGCCGUUCGCAGGCAGGUAUUCACCAGCAUCUGGGUAUUCCCCAUCACCGACCGUCUCUAUCGCGCGUGAUCUCGACCUCCGACAAGCGCAGUCACCAUCCAGAGCUGGUGAUAAUGAGUAUUACAUCGCGUUUCCACCGUCAGGUUUACCCGUUCAUGCGUUUAAAGCGGACGGUUCUCCGAGAGAACCGGAUACACCGAGUUCGCCGUGCGAACAUUCGAGAUAUCUCGACUUUAUUCCGAACGUCUCGUCGGACAAAAAUCCGGAAGAGAUCGCAGCGGCGAAGCACACCGGUAACAACAGUUAUACGAAUAUCGAGCCGUCGACGUCGAAUUUUCCACCGCCAGUUGCACCGCCGGGAAUGUGCAUUCCAGAUUGCAACGAAACCGUAGCCGCGGAUUCUGUUCGCGUAGAUUGCGAGAUUGCAAUGAAGGAAUAUCACGGCGACGAGAGCGUCGAGGCGUCAUGUUCCGAAAUAACGAAGGUGAAACCGUCCAUCGACGAGGUUGAUUCUGCGCUCACUGUGCGCGGUCAAGAGACAGUCGGGAUGAAACACGACGAGGGACACGUACCGGCGGACUCGACCAACAUUUCGAAAAAUACGAACGAGGCCACUGAGACCAAAGUGCCGGAUUACAUGAACCUUGCUGUUAAUAUGAGUCACGAGGCUGCCAAGGUUCUCGGCGCCAUACCAAAGAAAUUGUCUGCGCCACCCGUGCCACCGAGAGGUACAACUAAGAAGUAGAAAACAGAAAUUGAAACAUGUGCAAAAAUACUCAUUAACAUGUUUUUAUACAAAUUAAUACAUUGAUUCUUUUAUAUUUUAAAUCAAUGACUGAACUAUUAUAAUAGAUAAAAUAAUUAAGUGUUAGCCAUUUACUAUAUAUCAUGUAUCGUGAUGUGCUCGAUAAUUAUGUAUAAUAAUUAUGACGUUAUACAUCUAUCUACGGAGGAAGAUUGUUAAGUGUAAGGCAGUGGUUAUUACUCAUAAUUAUUUUUAUAUAUGCACAGUAAAAAUAUUCAAUUUGCGAAAAUAUUCAAUUUGUAAAAAUACUCAAAGAUAUUCGUGAAUUUUCUCACUCAUACCAUAUUAUUCGUACAAAAUUAAAGCGUCAAUUUGAUUAGUCUACGUGCAAAUUAAGAUAUAAAAUUAUUAUAUUUUCAUUAUAACUUUAGAAUUCAGGAUGUGACUCAGGCUUAUAAAUAAACUGUAGACUUUAUUGAA